ACCACCGAAUGACCGCAGUGACCCAGAAAAAAUGGCGAGCAAAAAUUGGGACCCGCAUAAAGUCUUCGACAUUUCUCCUGAGGAGAGAGCAGUGGUCGAAGAAAGAGCGCGAAUGCGUGUGGAACUCAAAGCUGAAUGGCAAAAGAAAUUGACAAACCCAAACAAGCCAACAACGGGUUUUAUUUUUGAUCCAGCCAUCCAGCGAUAUUUCUCAACACGUUCUGGUGGUUAUCAAUAUUUCAAGCCCACACCAUACACUGCGGCUGUAACAUUUAGCUUAGUAAUUGGGCCAAUGAUACUAUUUUCUGUCUGGGCACAAAGGUCAAAGAAUAAGGAGGAAGCAACUUAUCGGAGUGGAACUGUAGCUUACAAGGAUAGAUGGAAUAAGUUCUUGAAUUAGGUCGUUCUUGAGGAGGCGCUGCUUUAGGGGACUCUAUGAGAGAGUGAACUGUGUGUGAUCAGAACUCGUGAUCUGAGAUGCUUCUAAGUGGAGAAAUAGAUUUUCAGAAGUGUGGCUUGGUCGUCAGUGUUCAGUUGUUUUGAUUCCUCUGUCAAGAGGUCCAUGCAACCAUAGCAACUGUAAAAUCAAUAAAACAUAUAAAAUGUACUCCGUGUGUCAAGUAGCCUUUGUUUUAGGAGAUUUGAAUAUACCAGCGAGUAUUUGUUCCGCUGAUCUGAAACUUAUUUAACCCUUGCACCACUUUCCUCGAUGAAGUUGUCAAUGUCUUAACUAGAAGAUUCCAGACUGGAAAAUUGAGAUGAACAAGUUAAAUCGAGGUGUGCAUGGCAUGAAAAUUGGUUCAGCAUUCUGUAUUAAGAAAUGGCGCUUUUAUUACUCUCAAUGCUGUGAAGGUGACACCAUCUGAUUGCUCUGAAUCUUGGUGAGACAUCAAAAUUGACAACCCACACAGUGAGGACAGUUGCUAUCUGAACAGCGUCCAUUUUGACAACAUUUCGCACUGGUUAGACCUGGAUGAUAUUCUCAUGAAGACCUGUGAGGAGCUCCAUCAGUUAUUUUGACUUAGAAAGUGUAUUGUGUGGAGUCUGAUUUACACAGCUCAGCUCAAUAUUUACUGUAAAUAGAAUUCAUGAAUGUGUUGUUCACAGAUGUGAGAGUUUGCCACAAAUAAAAAGUUGUAGACAGAA